CGCUUCAUGUCAGUAGAAAUGGACAGCAGCAGUUUUAUUCAGUUUGAUGUGCCCGAGUACAGCAGCACUGUUCUGAGCCAGCUAAAUGAACUCCGCCUGCAGGGGAAACUAUGUGACAUCAUUGUCCACAUUCAGGGUCAGCCAUUCCGAGCCCACAAAGCCGUCCUCGCUGCCAGCUCCCCCUAUUUCCGGGACCAUUCAGCAUUAAGUACCAUGAGUGGCUUGUCAAUAUCCGUGAUUAAAAAUCCCAAUGUGUUUGAACAGUUGCUGUCAUUUUGUUACACUGGAAGAAUGUCCUUGCAGCUGAAGGAUGUUGUCAGCUUUCUGACCGCGGCCAGCUUUCUUCAGAUGCAGUGCGUCAUCGACAAGUGCACGCAGAUCCUGGAGAGCAUCCAUUCAAAGAUCAGUGUUGGAGAUGUUGACUCCGUGACUGUCGGCGCUGAGGAGACAACCGAGAGUCGUAAUGGAGUUAAGGACAGCAGCUUCUUUGCCAACCCGGUUGAGAUCUCCCCUCCAUAUUGCUCUCAGGUACGGCAGCCCACCACGAGCAGCGACCUUCGGAUGGAGACGACGCCCAGCAAAGCUCUGCGCAGCCGCUUACAGGAGGAAGGGCACUCGGACCGAGGGAGCAGUGGGAGCGUUUCCGAGUACGAGAUUCAGAUAGAGGGGGACCAUGAACAAGGGGACCUGCUGGUGAGGGAGAGCCAGAUCACCGAGGUGAAAGUGAAGAUGGAGAAGUCCGACCGGCCCAGCUGUUCCGACAGCUCCUCGCUGGGGGACGACGGGUACCACACGGAGAUGGUGGACGGGGAGCAAGUUGUGGCAGUGAACGUGGGGUCGUACGGCUCCGUGCUGCAGCACGCCUAUUCCUAUUCCCAAGCAGCCUCACAGCCAGCCAGCGUCUCCGAAGCUUUUGGAAGUUUGAGUAAUUCCAGCCCGUCCAGAUCCAUGCUGAGCUGUUUCCGAGGAGGGCGCGCACGCCAAAAGCGGGCUUUGUCCGUCCACCUGCACAGUGAUCUGCAGGGCUUGGUGCAGGGUUCCGAUGGCGAAGCGAUGAUGAAUAACCCCGGGUACGAGAGCAGUCCCCGGGAGAGGAGUGCAAGAGGGCACUGGUACCCGUACAAUGAGAGGUUGAUCUGUAUUUACUGUGGGAAGUCCUUCAACCAGAAAGGAAGCCUUGACAGGCACAUGCGGCUCCACAUGGGCAUCACCCCCUUUGUGUGCAAGUUCUGUGGGAAGAAGUACACGCGCAAGGACCAACUGGAGUACCACAUCCGGGGCCACACCGAUGACAAACCAUUCCGCUGUGAGAUCUGCGGCAAGUGCUUUCCAUUCCAAGGUACCCUCAACCAGCACCUGCGGAAAAACCACCCCGGCGUCGCGGAAGUCAGGAGUCGCAUCGAGUCCCCCGAGAGAACAGAUGUGUACAUGGAACAGAAACUAGAAAAUGAUGCAUCCGCCUCAGAGAUGGCCCUAGAUUCCCGGAUGGAAAUUCACACAGUGUCUGACGCUCCUGAUUAA